AUGGCUUCUUUUCCUACGGAGGUAGACCAGGUCCAAGUGCCGCCAGAGCCAGACCAACUAUAUCCAUUGUGGAAGCUUCCCGAUCCUCCGAAGGAUUUCGAAUUUCUUGGGCGUCAUUUCGGCAAAUUAAAUGGCCAUCGGCUUUACACGAGUGCGAACCUGAAGGUGUUGGCUACAUACCAUCUGUGGGGCAUUGACUACGGCAGACGCACAAGGUUGCCCAUCUUGCGAGCCCUUUGGAAGGUCCACUACUAUGCAUCAGAGGAGCACCGACUGUAUGACGAGCAGGAUCUUUUCGACAGCCAACGGGACGGUGGACCUCGACUAUUGAAAUACUCGCUCACGCCUACACCACCACCCAUUAGUCGUCACUACCCCUGUAUUCUUUCGGUCGAUGAACUGCUACCGCUAGGGGGUGCAAAUUACACCCGCCCAGUAGAUGCACCGGCCGACGUCCCUGACAACUACAUCAUUCAAUGUAGCUUGCCCAACAAGGCACUUUCCCCUAACGAGGCAGGUCAGCCUGGACCAGAUCGGAGGAAGAGGCGCAUAUUAGACAUAGAAGGGACCGUUGAGGCUCCAAAGCCCAAAAAGCGAAAGACCAGAUCAACGCCAGAAAAUAGCGUUGUUGAGACAGCUCCGCUACAACAAUUGCAGCUACAGCAGCCGCAGCCGCAGCCUCAGCCGCAGCCUCAGCCUGUCUAUAGCGCUGCAUUCAACCCGAACCCCAUCCGAGAGGCGAUUGAAAGGACAUUGAUGAAACUGGCCUACGCCGAUCUAGAGCGGCAUCCUCAUGCACCGAAUCGACAUCCAGUUACAACCAGAAUUGCCAGUUCUGAGCGUGAUCUGGGUAUUGUUCAGGUCGGAACACACGCCACUGUGGCGGAGUUGCUGCUGAACCCGAUCACUCACAGCUUUGACCCCGCGGGCUUUCCAUAUCCAUGUCGUGGCCGUGGUCCCGUUUGGGCUGAUGGCUCCUGUUCCAUUGAUGUAGCCAUCGUCCUGGGGAUAUUGACCGAUGCAGGCUGUACCAUUGCGGACCGGAGGAAUGGCGCGGAAGAAAAAUUCAGUGAAAUCGAAAAGGCUUUCAUUCAAGUCACGAACAUGAAUUGGGAAGCCUUUGAGGACCAGGUCUCGAUUGCACUUCGCCAUUCGUUUUACAACCUGCUAUGUGACCAUGUUGCCGACAUCAACCGCGGUGUCCCCGUCCCCAUCUGGGCGACCUGGGCCGAGUCUACGAGAAACUUUGGACAAUUUCACAUCCGAUAUACUGAACACCCGGCAGCUCCAUGUCCCGACUGUGGGUAUACGGAAACGGGGACAAAUGAUUGCACUGGUACUUGCUUCCUUCCCUACACCAAAGACGGCGAUGAGAACGGUGUUCAGAUGUCGGAGCUGAUCGAACGGACUUGGUCUAUUGAUCCUGUUCAGUACAGCUGUGCAAGCUGUGCUGUGGUGAAGGGGCCGCAGAGGACCAGACUCGUACAUAGUCUCCCCCUUCGCAUGGUGGUGUCGACCACCGCGGGGUACAAAGUACUCAACCACACCAACCACUUCGAUUUUCAUUACAGAGAUUCCAACGGACUAGAACAGACAGCGACGUAUCGCUGGCUUGGUGGCGCCUAUUACCAAAACAACCAUACGCGAGUCUAUUGGACUGAUACCGAACGGGGCGAAUAUGACAUGGGCAAUCUUCGCAAGUAUGACGGUCAGGAUGCGGGGGGAUGCAUCAUUGGCGACGUCGCGCCAUACGAUCUCGAUGAACGAGUGGAUCCCGAUUGGAUCCGGGAUGGCAUUCCAAUUGCGAUAUACGAGCUACUGAUUAAUCCAUCCCCAGACAUAAUGCAGGCCGCAAACCAAACCGUCACCGAGAUGUCCCAGAUCGUAGACCGGAAGCAGCCAUUCCUCGUGCAGCAUUACCCUUGGUUCCCACCACACUUACAACACCAGUCGCCUUAUCUGCCUCUGGAGCGGAUCCUAGCGGACACUGGCGAACGUUUCUACGAAAAGAACCUUGCCUCUGACACCGAUAUGCAAGAAGAAUCGAGUCUCUUCGAGUCCCCCAAAACCAAUAAAGUGGCCGAAGCACUGGCCCACUGGAGAAUGGGAUCGGCACCAGACGCCCCCUCAUCUGAGGGGAUGCUUCGGGAUAUGGAAAUCGUGGACCCAAUGGAACUCGUCAAUGACCUAUCGCAGGUCGACUCGUCCCAAAUGGACCCAGGCGCGUACAAGCGAAUUAUGGAUGGUGCAAACCUGUUCGAUUCGUUGCUCAACAGCCCUGUUGAUCUCAUCGAUCACGUAGAGAUGUGGCCCCAGGGUGGACCACCCCAAUCCGGCGGUGCGACAGUCUUCCCUAACCUCCCGAAGACACCGAGCUGGAGGGGCAGCAGCAACCAAAGCAGCCCGUUCUGGAAGUGGCUGAACUUAUCACCGGCUAAGAACGACAAGGUGGAGGCGGAGGCGGAGGUGGACAAAGACGGAGACGCGCCGAUGGAAGAAACGGUGAGCGUCGUGAACAUCCGCCACGACUGCCGCUCCGGCCCAUCCCCGUACCGAUUAUACCGUGUCCCUGUCAGGUCCAUCAAGGCAGCGAUACGGCGGAUUACGGAUAAAGAGCAGGAGAGUCAGAGCCCACUGAAGAAGAGGAAGUCGCGGGUGCAGGAACUCAAGGACGAGGAGCUUCCGAGCGCGAAGAAGCAGAGAAAGUCUCAGAAGUAG